GAGCUACCCGGACCUAUCCCGUGUCUGUAACUUAUUGUUAUUUACUUUCCAAUGUGUAUCGUUGUUAAGCAAGUGUAACAUUUUUAAUUAUUUUUACUUUGCCUAAGUGGGCCGCGAGGUACCUAGAAAAUUCAAAAUUGAAUAGCAAGCUUGCCAAAAGAAAAUUGAUUACGUAUACACGAUGGACAGUACGCGAUCGCCGAUGGAUAACCUCUUUAACAUGCUGUCAGGCUUCAGUGCAGGUCACGAAAAAGCUUUAAAGCAAGGCAUUUACAAUGCCGUGGCAUUACUGCUCUUGUGUCUGGUUUCGGCGGCUGGCUACGGGCUGUAUAUUAUAUUGAGUCCCUUUGUAAAACCCUUGAUAUGGGCUUUAUUAUGCGGUUCUGUUCUAUUCCCUUUCAAAUAUUCAUUAACUACUGUUGUACAGUCGUGGUUCGAGAAAACAGAGGCAUCUCGUACACCGCUAAUUAUAAAUUUAACACUGUUACCUAUACAAAUAGUGGAUAAAGUCUCUGACAAUUUGGGAUCGUUCCUUUGGAGACAUAUUAAGUAUGUUGCGGGUACACUCAUACUAGGAAUGUCGGUCCUUGGUUUAUAUCAUUAUACACCAUCUAUAUUAAGUUGCCUCAUAUGGAGAAUAUUUAUAAUUUUCAAUACUAUUUUUGGAUUUUUUAUAACAACAUGUAAUAUAUAUACGAUUGCUGUUCUACUUAUUGGAUACUUAUCUGUCUUGUACAUUUAUUGGACACCACAGAAUUCCAUUCAUUUCCGUUAUACAUCAUUUGUUGUUUGGUUUAUAAUUAGUCUAUACCUUUCUAAUAUGCUAGGAGCUUAUCAAGUUCUUGUAUUUAUAACAUUGCAAGCAUUGUGCCUGAUAGGAUUUGUUUAUGAGGUAAUAAUGAUAAUGGAGAACCAAGAAUUAGAAGGUAGAUACAUGACAUUUAUGGAAGCAACAUGCUUUGCAUUAACAAAUAAUAUAAUCACAGAUGUUCAAAAAGAUACAUUAGCUCCAUUAAAGAGUGAAACAUCUGUAGGAAGUAUUGAUAACAAAGAUACAGAUUCUUUUAUAAAUGAUUCAGAUAAAGAAACUACAAAAGCUGUUCCUGAAUGUAAUAUAAAAGAAUAUAAAAAAUCAAUCUCGCUUGAUGCUGAUUCACAGCAACUACGCUUUAAAUUACGAUCUCCAAAUACUUUAUCUUCUGGUAGUCAUACGACAUUACGCGAUCGUUAUGUUUUAAGAAGAUUAAAAACCGAAUUAAAAUUAUCUGUAGACACGGAAUAUGACAAAGUUGAUAAUGAUAUAUAUAUGUAUGGAGCAUGUUAUGCUUGCAUUGGGAUGAUUUUGUGGAAACACAAAUGGAUAAUAUAUAUAUUGAUGGUUCCUACAGCUCUAUACAUUAUCAAACAACUUGGUAAUUAUUUUGGAUUGUGGAAAAUGAUAGGAAAUCAAUGUAACAUUGUUAUGCAAGUUAUAAAGACGUGGUGUGCAGAGAGACAUCAAGCUCUUCUACCAGCUAAUGUUAGAGGUUUAUUCAAAAUUGGAAUCAUAAUCGAUGAAAAAUUAACAAAAGUGCUGAAAGCUUCUGUUGAUGCUGUGGCAACAAUUGCUGUGAUCUUUGGCCUGCUUAUAUUUACUACUUGUGCAUCUAUUUUUAUAACGAUACAAGUUUAUACAGAAGGUAUGCAUCUUAUCCAAAUCACUGGGGAGAUAUUAAAUUCCUCAUUAAUGAGUAACCCAGAUAUUGAUUGGCUACCAGAGCAAUGGGAAGAUUCCGUUAAUAGUGUACUAGAUAAUGCUUACACGUAUGGGCGAAGUGCUAUUUCUGAUGGGGUCAAAGGUUUGGUAAAAGAUUUAGAUCCUGUGAAGGCUGAACACAUGGAGAAAAAAGUUUUAGAACUUUGGGACAUGCUCUACCAAGCUUGGAUGAUGUCUAACGAAAAUUCAGAUCAAGCUGGAACUGCUGUGGAUGUUGCAACAGCCUAUUCUGUAUGGGAAAGUUUCACAGAAAGCUUUGGGAAGACUCCUUUGCAAUUGUUCAAUAUGACUAGUAUACAGAAUUUCAUAAAAGAAAAUAUUGGAACUUUUAUGUCGGUACUUGAUUCUAUUUGGAGUAUAGUUAAGGGCAACAUGUCUGUGAUACUGACCAUUUUUACGGAAUUAUUUUACAUUGUACUCAUGAGUGGAUCUGCAGUACUUAAUUUCACUCUUAGCAUGGUGGUGUUUUUUACGACGCUGUUUUAUCUUCUCAGUUCUAGCAAUAAGAGUUACAAACCUGUUGAGUUGACUACUGUUUUUAGUCCUAUUAGUUGCCAUAGCACUCUUCAUGUUGAGGGAUUUGCCGUGGCCUUACAGGAAGCGGUGAUCGGAGUAUUUGUGGCGACAUUUAAACUUGCUUCCUUUUUUGGCAUGUGGACAUGGUUUAUACAUAAUUUGUUUCAAGUAAAGAUCGUUUAUUUGCCGUCAACUUUCGCGACAAUACUUGGGGCUGUGCCAUUCUUGGAUGCAUAUUUCGCUUGCAUCCCAGCUACUCUAGAACUUUGGUUUACGCGUGGAUCAAUGGUCGCUAUUCUAUUUUUUAUGUUUCAUUUUCUUGCUUGCAACAUUGUUGUAACGGAAUUCUACAAAGAAAUUAAAGGAGGUGGGCAUCCAUAUCUCACAGGCCUUUCAAUAGCGGGUGGAAUAUUCUGCUUAGGAGUAGAAGGUGCUAUUUUUGGGCCUUUAUUACUAUGCUGCAUUAUGGUAGCAAUUAAUUUAAGUCGACGUUACCUUCAUUCGCCUUCAGAAGAAGUUGUACCCACGUACUCCGGAAUUAAACGUUAAACUAGAUGAAAUUGAUAUAUAGAACAAAAGUAGAAUCUUUGCAGCGGAGAUCUUAGAAGUAAUAGUUGUGAUAACAUUUUAAAAUUGAUCAAAAGUUUAAAAUUUAUAUGGAAUAUUUGAACAGUAAUAAGCUUCUUAUACGCUUCUCUUUGAAAGAGUAACAUAAUCUCGAAGGAUUAUCGUCCUUAUCUAGUCUUCGAAAAAUUAACUUCGAAUUAUAUCGCUUCUAGUUUCAAGAUUAUAUAACGCUUUUAUAAUUCAUUUUUUUAACAAAGAUUUACACAAAGAUGUCUUACUAACUAUGUGAUUUUAAAAGCUAUGAUAUGUAAUAAGGAAUCUCAAUCUACGCUUAUUAAUAUUAUAAGAAAAUUACUAUACUGACGCCAUACACAAAUCUUCUAUGAUAUAUGAAACGGUAGUUAUAGAAAAAUGGAAUAGAAAAAAGUAAAUAUAUUUUUUUGUUAUACGUU